AUGUCAUUAAGAGUGAAGCUACGACAGCUCCAGGCUCCAAGAGACUGCGUUCCUUCUCAGGCAGAGUUCCUAUACCGCCUGGAUGGCUAUACAAUGGAUGUGCAGCGACGACUGAUUCUGGAGAGCUUACUGUCGCCCGCGGCAGACAUUGUAAGACAACUAGGCUCCCAGUCACCUCCUCAAGACUAUGUAAAACUCCUCCAGUCAGCCUAUGGCCUUGUUGACGACGGGGAGGAGAUCUUUGCCAGGUUCCUCAGUACUCAUCAGGACGCAGAUUCUGGCUCCCAGGUAACCACAGUAUCAGAGACAUUUCACAAACUACACCUACCUGCACGCCCGAUUCAGUCUGUGGCCAAAUUGCUUGACAUAGAGGGCGCAGGGGGUCAGCAAGUACCCUACUUGGGUUACAUAGAACUCAAUUUGUGUUUUCCAAAAGAGGUUACUGGGAGACCCGAGGAAGUGAAUACCCUAGCACUCAUUGUACCAGACUGCAGAUCAAACCAAGAGAUUCCAGUUCUCAUUGGGACAAAUGUUUUAGAUGUGCUUUAUGAGACAUUCACAUCCUACAAAGAGUCAGACACAAGUGUCAGACAUUGUGACAGCAUUCCAGUGAUCCAAACCAUGUUCAACAAAAUCAAAGUUGAUAAGAGAAGUGGUAAAACAGGAAAAGUUAAGCUGUUGAGCAGAAAAUGUGUCACAGUACCAGCUGGUGAAAAAGCUGUAUUGACAGGCUAUGCCAGACAUGUUGAUAUAAACCCAGGUAGUCCUCUGCUAGUAGAAUCCACAGCAUCAUGCUUGCCUGGGGGUUUCCUAUUUUGCAACUACAUUAUGACAGCUCCCUCAAAGGCUUCCUUUAAGCUUCCUAUUCUGGUCAAGAACGAGAGUGCUCAUACAAUCAGAAUCCCUGCUGGUCAAACAGUGGCUGAACUGUAUGCCCCCUUGUCAGUGUGCUCUUUAGCUUCAGGCUUGAGUAGUAACACAAGGACUAGCUCUCAGUCUCCAAAGUCUGUUGCCGAGUUUGAUAACAUCAAAACCACCACAGACAGCCCACUUAAGUUUGACUUAACUGAUACUCCUCUCUCCGAAGAAUGGAGGCAGAGAAUUAUGGAAAAGCUCAACUCAAUGUCAGAUGUUUUUGCCAUGCAUGAUUUGGAUUAUGGACACACAACUGCUGUGAAGCAUCACAUUCGACUUUCGGAUGCAACUCCAUUCAAACAACGACCCAGACCUAUACACCCCUCGGACUAUGAAGCUGUCAGACAGCAUUUAAAAGAACUUUGUGAGGCUAAUGUUAUUCGUGAAUCUGAGAGUCCAUUCGCAUCACCGAUUGUGGUGGUUAAAAAGAAAAACGGGGCCAUUAGGUUAUGCGUCGAUUACAGAAAAUUAAACAAUCAAACCAUCAAAGAUGCAUACGCCCUACCAAACAUUGAAGAAGCUUUUUCAGCCUUAACAGGCUCAAAAUGGUUUUCUGUUAUGGACUUAAAGUCUGGAUAUUAUCAAGUUGAGGUUGAGGAAAGUGACAAACAUAAGACAGCAUUUGUUACUCCUGUGGGAUUUUGGGAGUUUAAUAGAAUGCCCCAGGGAGUUACCAAUGCGCCUAGCACAUUUCAACGUGUUAUGGAAAAGUGCAUGGGAAGUCUGAACCUCAAAGAGGUCCUAGUCUUUCUAGACGACCUCAUUGUGUUCUCAAGUUCAUUGGAGGAGCAUGAGGAGCGCCUCAUGCGUGUCCUGUCAAAACUCAGAGAAUUUGGACUCAAACUUUCCCCGGACAAGUGCCAUUUUUUCAGGAAGUCUGUUAAAUAUCUCGGUCACAUUGUCUCAGAGAAAGGCGUGGAGACUGACCCUGAAAAAAUAGCUGCCCUCACCACCUGGCCAAAACCCAGAAACAUAAAAGAGCUCAAAUCAUUUUUAGGGUUUGCAGGCUAUUACAGGAGGUUCAUUAAGGACUACUCUAAAAUCGCAAGGCCCUUAAAUGAUCUCACUGCAGGUUGUUACCCCCCCAGAAGGUCUAACAGAGCAGGAACAAAGCACAGCUCUACUAUAGAUCCAAGGAGACCUUUUGCUGAUAAGUGGACUGCAAACUGUGACGAAUCCUUCAAGUUGUAUUAAAUAAUCUGUUCAUUCUUGAUAAUAUGGUUGUUUGUGCUUAUUAUCCUCCUUUUUGAACUUAGAAAGAUAAACUAACUGUAACUUCAACAUUGAAAUCUAAGUUUCUCAGCUUAUCUAUUCGUAAGUUACACUAGUG